AUGUCACUUGGCAAGGGCUUCUAUGAGUUCACGUUUACAUCCCUCGAAGAUGUUAGAAGAGUCAGAUCUAUCGCCUCAUGGAACCUUAAUCCUGGUACGUUAAAGCUUUUCGCGUGGUCCAGUGAUUUCAAUCCUAGGGCCCAGCAAAACUCAUCAGCUCAGGUUUGGGUAAGAUUAUAUGGCUUAUCACAAGAAUAUUGGAGAAAAAAUAUACUUUUCACUAUUGCAAGUAGUUUAGGAACACCAAUUUGCACUGAUUCUGUUACAGCCAAACCCUUGUUGGAAAGAACAUUUGGUCAAUUUGCUAGGGUUUUGAUUGACACGGACCUUACACAAACCUUAAGGGACAAAGUUCUUGUGGAAAGGAAAGGUUUUGCCUUUUUGGUUAAUAUCGAAUAUGAGAACUUGCCGAAUUUCUGCACAAACUGCAAGGUUAUUGGUCAUUAUGUGGCCAAUUGCAAAAAGUUAAUUCCAAUUGAUGAUGGGAAAUUUGACAAAGACAUCAGAGAUAGAAGAACAACAAAUAAAGAACCUAAGAAGGUGUUUGUGCCAACCAAAGAGGGUAGACAAGGGCAGGAUAAGAGUCUUAAUCCAAAGCCUCAUGACCAACAAAGAGAUGACAGCUCAAAUAGUGGAAAAGAUAAAGAGGUGGCAAAUAUGAAUGAUCAAUUUAACAUAAUUGGUAAUUCAAAUCAGUCUCCACAGUCAGACAAGUCACAAUGUUCAACUAGUCAAGGUUCAAAGACCGAUAAAGAAACUACUAUUAGUCACAAUAGAUUUGAAGUUCUUACUACUCAAAACAUUGAUGAUAUUGAUGUAGAAGCUACAGAAGAAACUCCUGUGAUAGAUAUAGAAAGCACCAAAGACACUGAAGGUGUGGAAGACACACAAGUGGAGGUGGUUUUGAACAAAGAUGAAACUUUAAGAUUAGAAACUAAUGUUGCCAACAAAACAACGGAAUUCUUGAAUCAAUCAUGGGCAAAUAUGGUAGAUGCAGAAGAAGAAGAAUUGAAGACACAAGAGAUUGCAGAACAUGAAAAUCUGGUCUAA